AUGGUAAAGUACAACGCUCUUUUCAAGGACAAAGAUAGUGGGAUCUUCUCGUCGGCGAAAAGAAACACGCCGACCAAAAGUAUGGUGGACAUCUCACUCUAUGAGAAGAGAAGAGAAGAGAUUUGGUCACUCUGGCCUGAAUUCCGAGAGACGAACGAGGAGAGACAUGCCGAAGGAUUGGCCAAGGCCCAGAUUGUUAGUGUCUGUCAGCCAGAACACAAUCGCAUGUCCUACUCCAUGGAAAACGGCCUGAAUCCAGAGGACAUAGUCACCGUGUCCCGUGCAUACCAGGUGUUUCCUCACCAAGGAGAAGAUGAGCUGGUCCCAUCGGCCAUUUGUGGUAAAUGUCAUGAUGGCGUGUCCUGUCCAAAGAACAACACUCAACCUGCGAAAAUACCUAUACCAGACCACGGCCAGUCAUCAGCUCCAAGGAGACGCAGGCCAGCGCUCUCUUGCUCAAUCUGCAGACGCCGGAAACUGAAAUGCGACCGAUCGCUUCCCUGUGGGCAGUGCAUAAAGUCAAAGACGCCCGAUUUAUGUGUCUUCUCUGCACCGACACCGGCUCAGAGCGCCACUUCUAGCUCUAUGGCUGCGAGUACAUCCUCAGAGAAAAGGCAUGCAUUGAGCGACGAAGCUAGUGCGGUAGGCAACGGGCUUUAUGUGUUUGAUUCCAAGCAUCGCGUCGCCAAGCCUCGUGGCCGGCCGGAUGAACUCCAUGAGCUACGCAGUCGCGUGCACACACUGGAGCUAGCACUGGCUAAGAGCAAUACGAUACAACUUCCAGAAAGCUCAGGCUAUGACUGUAUGCCGGAGCUGGGGCUGCGGACGCUUGCAGAUCCCAUCUCGGACCAAGUAAUGAACCUGUGCGGCAGAGCAUGCUUCCGAGGCAGAAACGGCCGGACGCGUUAUCGCGGACGCUCCAGCACAGAGUUGACGCUCACUUUUAUAGAGCGCCGAGACCAAGUGAAAGAUGGGACGCCUUCUUCACUCAAGGAGAUGCUGCCGCCACGAAGUAUCGCAGAUGAACUAUUGCAUCUCUAUCUAUCCACGUUUGAAACUACGUAUAGGAUUCUCCACAUUCCGAGCUUCCUCAAAGAAUACGAGGCUUAUUGGACGGCACCUGAGGCCGCCGACACCGUUUUCGUCGCCAAGCUCCUGGCCUUAAUGGCUACGGCCAGCUGUUUUAUUAGUUCUUCAACUACGGUCAACGGCAAAGACACACUUCACGAUGUUGCUGUCGGUUGGAUUUUCGGAGUUCAAAGAUGGAUUGGAUCUCUCUUUAUGCGCGCCACGGCGAAAUUUGAUAUUCUGCAGAUACAGUGCCUCCUGAUGAUUGCACGUCAAGCGCUUGCGGUUGAUGGCGAUGUCGUAUGGCUCACCUCGGGUUCUCUUAUUCAUACGGCCACAAUAAUGGGGAUGCACCGGGAUCCCGCAAGGUUUGGGAAAAUGACACCCUUCUGGGCAGAAAUGCGCCGUCGGCUAUGGGCAACCAUCCUGGAACUGGAACUGCAAGCCUCUAUUGACGUAGGGAUCCCACCGUCCAUCGAUACCGACCAGUAUGACUGCGAUCUGCCUUCGAAUUUGGAUGAUUCAGAUCUCACUGAGGAUUUGGUGGAGGCUCCCGUAGCGAAGGAAAGGACAGUCUUGACUCAAUGCAGCUUUCAAACUAUGCUUGCUCAGUCAUUCCCUUUGCGGGUGCGCAUUGCCAAGGCUGUGAAUAGCUUACGAUUUACAAUGGCAUAUGAUGAGGCAUUGCGCCUUGGCGAAAAUCUCAUACGGUUCAUGAACGAAGCCCUGGUUCCAUUUCCUACACCUGUUUCUGACGGGACCCCAUCUUUUGCGAGAUCAUUUAUGCUAUUUCUUUUCCAAAGGUCGCUGCUCAUCUUGCACCGACCUUUUUCGCUUAGUAUAUCUUUGUCGCCCAAAUACUCCUACUCACGAAAGGUCUGCCUGGAGUCAUCCUUGGAGAUGCUUACUCAGUUCGAGUCGCCACUCCCCAGCUUCCAAUCGUCUCGAACACCCUGUCUGGGACAGAUUGGCGGCGGCAUGUUCCGCGAUGAAUGUUUUCAUGCUGCCAUUACUCUCUGCGUGGAAUUAUCUCUCCAGAGUACAGAAUCGGCUUCAAAUUCAGCGCCAUCGACACAUGGAGGGUCUCUUAACGACAUAGUACGUUCUCAGCAGGAAGUUUUAGUGCGUGUCCUUGAACGUACUCGGGAAAACUUUGGCAGUAGGUUAACUCCAAAAGGGAAUGGAUGCAAAGCCUAUGCAUUCCUGGCCAUGGCCCUGGCUUCUACAAAAGCACGGCUGAAUGGGGAUGACCCUUUGAAAAGUGUCGAGCAAGCUGCGCACCGAUCAGUGAAGGUAUUUCAUCACGUUAUUUCAGGCCUUCCCUACGAGGAGUUCCUGGCCCAACCCGAAAGUGACUGGUCUGAUAUCGGCCCAUCUUCUACACAAACCCCCGAGUUUGGCUCUUCUACACCUGAUAUGUCGUUUGAUCCUCUCUCGCUGCUAACCAACAACCCUAUGGACUUUUCGCCUCUCGACUUCAACAAUAUGUUCGACACAUUCAACUACCGGAUGCCGGAUCUAUGGGAUCCCAACUUUCUUAAUCUCUGA